UAUCUUUAUUCUCCUCUUAGGAGGUAUUUGGAAAUUAAAUACAAUAAGAUUUUCAAGUACAGGAACAAUUAUGCAAGGGCGAUAUUCUAGCAGGUAUGGAUGGGGGUAUAUAUGAGAGGAGUAUUCUUACAUACAUGGGUGAAUCUUCAUUAAUAUACUUGACUUGUAGCACAAAAGCAAAAGGAAUGAAUUUUACCACUCUAGAUAGAGCCAAUAUAUUUGUCUCCAAAAUGAUGUACUAAUAUUGGACAAAUUCUGUAAAAUCUGUUGCUAGGUGCUACACUUUAGUGCUCUAUGCCUUAUUCUCAAGUACCAAUACAGCUCACACUAAAGCACAAGGAAAAAUGUCUCUGAACAGGACUGUUUCUACAAGAGUGUGUGCUGAUGUUUUUAUUGUGAUAGCACAUGGUAGCUUUGAUUCAUGAAAUAGAAACCUGUUAUUGUCAAGUUUCAUACUCUGGGAAGAAACAUAGCCUGAUCCAGAAAUCUAAGGCAAUGAAUAACCUGAAUUCAAAAAGCAUUUGUUUUGCUAACAUACUGCUUAAAACCAACAUGAAUUACAUGGUCUGACUGCCUAUAAAUAUGGUUACCUUUAACAUAUCUCCAUUUAUCUAAUUCAUAAAUGAAACUCUAUGUAAUUUAAUAUAUACCUUCAUAUACAUUAUAUACAUAUAAGAGUGAGGGAGGAAUUAAGGAUUAAAUACUACUUAACAUGAUUCAUCAGUAAUCAACACACAGGAAAAAUGUACAAUUUGUCCGUGUGUUUCUGUAACAACAUAAACUGCCAUGUUUAUAAAAUUACCGGUUAAGCUUUUCAAUAUCAGCUGAAGCAUUAAUAUAAAUUACUUGAUUUCAAAGAUAAUGAAACACAUCUAGUUAAAAUCUGGCCUCUUAUUUUAAAAUAAUUGUAAAUCUAGAUUUUACAAAUGAGAAAAAUAUUGUGAAUGUUGAUUUCACUUGGCUUAUUAUGGGCUUAACGUUUACCUUUAAUCAUGGCUGGAGCAUUCUGAGCUUGUGUAGUUUGUUUAUGGAGUUUUACAGAAUCUAAUGUUUCAAUCAAGUGACCCUGGCAGCCAAGCAGGAAAAAGCUGGGGCACAAAUCCAAAGUUUCCCAAAAUGGCUCCAAAACUGUUCACAGACAUAAAUUCAAAUAUUAAAAAUUGAGGCUGGCAGGACAUGAUUUCAAUGGUUUCAGAGUUUAAUAUGAAAGCCAAAGUCCUUCUUUUGUAGUAGGUGCAGAAGGCUUACUUUGAAAAGAGAAAAUUUCCCCACUGCAGUAACAUAGGGAACAUGUACUGCAUAUUCUGAAAAUAUAAUUAAGAAUCUGAGAGAAAAUUCAUUAUACUUAUUGCACAUUGACCAUCAUCACUUAAGGUUUCUAAGCUCGUUUAGAAGUGGUUGUAGAUGAUUAUAGUAUAGGGUUGCUGCUCAAAAAUGACUGCUGCUGCUGUUGUUGUCAAAGCACUUGUGCAAGAAAAUAAGUACCACUUGCCUUUAAAUUGCACUAAAGGCACAAAGGGCUUUUUUAGUGGUAGGCCAAAAAUCUGGUGGACCAGAAAAGUAAAAAUCAGCAGAGCUUGCUGCCUCUUGCGGUAUUAGCAGUGCUUUUCAUGGAGGCGUUAACAGUGGCAACUCUGAAACUGUUCCAAUGUCAUGAGGUUUUUCAGCAGACUUGCAGGAAUUAUUAAAGGAAAAUGCUUCUUAAUGCUCUUGUGACCUAAUUCCCUGGUCUGUUUCUAAUGGAAUUGGGUAAUUCUUUUUGUUUUCCUUUCAUACCAGUGAUAAUAUAAAGAGGCUUUUUGACUUUUCACAUUCUAGGUCAAAAUUUUCUCUUGUGCAGGAGGGAGGAAUAGACUUCCCUGAUUCCGAGUCCUUCUGGAAAAUUUAAUCUGAUCAAGAAAUGCUUUUGUUUUCUCUUGGAUUUGUAGUCAGCUUAGUUUUGUGUGAUGAUACCAGGAGCAAAGUAGCAACAUGUGGUAUUUGACUCGCCUUUCACAUGGACUCAAUGCAGCUUGCAAACUGAGGGUUGAAAAAAAGAGAAGGUCGGUGAGAACAUCUCGUUACCUCAUGUGCACUUACAAAUAAGGUAGAUGAACUUGCUUUAAGAAGUCAAAAUGUCGGGAUGGAAACAACAUAAAUAUGCAAGCUGUGUUUGUUCAAGGUGGUUUUGGAGAUUGGUUGGUUGGGUUUGUUUUUUAAUUCUCCUGCCUGUGCCAGGGCAUUUUGUCAGCAGAACCAGCAUUAGCUCCUUACCCUUUGCUUGCACUAAAUCUCCAAGUCCUCCAGUGCUGUAGCCUGGAUUGAAGGAUUGCGUGUGGCAUCCCAGAGCCAUGGGAAAGACAGCACAGAAAGCCUUUUUCGUGCAUACUGCAUGCAGUGAAUCUCAUGGGCGACUGGCUACGAAAGAGACAAAAAUCUUCCUCCUGGGUGCCCUGACGGGCAUCCAGAGCCUUGGAUGGGCUCAGGUCUGCUCCAUCGCUCCCACCACCGGACAGCUCGGACCAGGGCCCGUCUCCUGCCGCGCUUCCCGCGGUGUCCCACAGCGAGGCCUGCGGGAGCCCUGCGCGGCACCCCCGGCCGCAGCUGCCGGCCUGGCGGGGCCGUGGCUGCGGAGGCGGGCCUGGUGCUCCAGCAGCAGCAGCAGCAGCAGCACAGCGAGGGAGGAGAAGCCGGAGCCAUCAGCGGGCUGUCCCCGCUCGGGGAGCGGGUCCCUGGCAGGCGGCCCCGCCGUGCCGCAGGUUUGCAACAAUGGUAAGGGAAGAUGUAAAUGACAGUGAAGAUUCUGAACCAUCAGUAUGUGAGAGAAAUGGCAUGAUUCGCAUGCAUGAGCAAAGUGAGCAGGGACCAACAGCAGGAGCCAAAGGUACUGAUGGGAAUGCACAAACAGAAGAAACUGCUCUCUUGAACCACUGCACUCAGCAACCUCCAGAACCAACAGCAGGGUCUUCAGUUCCUGCAAGGACAUGGAGGCAAAUAUUUGCUUGUCCUCCUCAGGGUUUACUGGCCCAAACAGUGACAAAUGUUGCAUUUGUGAUCCUGGUUUGGGCUGUGGUUUGGUCCAUAACUGGGGCUGAGUGUCUCCCAGGUGGAAAUCUCUUUGGAAUUUUGUUUCUUUACUUCUUUGCUGUCAUUGGAGGUAAAAUUUUUGGACUCAUUAAAAUACGAACACUACCCCCUCUCCCUGCUCUUCUGGGGAUGCUACUUGCUGGUUUCCUAAUCAAAAAUACCCCGUUCAUCAGUGACUUUGUCCAGAUAAACCUACGCUGGUCUGCAGCACUGAGGAAUAUUGCUCUUUCCAUUAUCUUGACCCGAGCAGGACUCGGCCUGGAUCCAAAGGCUCUUAAGAAGCUCAAAGCUGUCUGUUUACGGCUUGCUUUCGGACCAUGCCUCUCAGAAACAGGCACAGCUGCUGUCCUUGCCUACUUGUUCCUGCAUUUGCCAUGGCAAUGGGGAUUUAUAUUAGGUUUUGUUCUAGGUGCAGUCUCCCCUGCUGUGGUGGUUCCCUCCAUGCUGAUCUUACAAGCUGGGGGAUAUGGGGUGGAGAAAGGUGUCCCAACUUUGCUAAUGGCAGCUGGCAGCAUUGAUGACAUUCUGGCUAUCACAGGCUUCAACACUUGCCUUGGGAUGGCUUUCUCUUCUGGUUCUACUCUGUACAAUGUGCUCCGCGGAGUGCUGGAGGUCGCUGUUGGCAUAGCAGCUGGGGGAGUUCUGGGAAUGUUUAUUCGAUACUUCCCAAGCCAUGAUCAGGCAUCUUUGGCAUGGAAGAGAUCAUAUUUUGUACUUGGACUGUCCAUGUUUGCUGUUUUUGGCAGUAUAUACUUUGGCUUCCCUGGAUCAGGAGGGCUUUGCACAUUAGUCUUAGCUUUUGUUGCAGGUGUGGGAUGGUCUGAUGAAAAGAGGGAAAUAGAAAAAAUUGUGGCAGUUGCAUGGAAUAUCUUUCAGCCUUUUCUUUUUGGUUUAAUUGGAGCAGAAGUAUCGAUUACAUCUCUUAGGCCUGGAACUGUUGGGCUCUGUGUUGCUAUAUUAGGCAUUGCCCUAGUUGUGCGAAUCAUAGCAACAUUCCUGAUGGUGUCUUUUGCUGGGUUUAAUUUCAAGGAGAAGAUAUUUGUCUCACUGGCAUGGAUUCCCAAAGCCACUGUCCAGGCUGCAAUAGGUUCUCUUGCCCUGGAUACAGCAAGACAACAUCAAGAUGAACAACUGGAAAAGUAUGGAAUGGAUGUACUGACAGUAGCUUUCUUGGCUAUCUUGAUCACUGCUCCAAUUGGAGCCCUGGUUAUUGGCUUGGCAGGACCCAGACUUCUGCAAAAGGCUCAGACAAAUAGCAAGGAGGAUGAGGAAGGUGCAGAGGUUGGAGAAGAGGCAGAAGCCUGUGAACCUUCAUAAGACAGACAACUACAGCAGUCCGGUCCUUUAACUGUGACACUUCUGUUGAGUAAAGACAGCAUGUCUAAUCAUGUUGGAGGAACCUAAAACUAUCAGUCACCCCUGCUAUUUUUAAAGUAGCCCUGGUGGAGUUCUAUAAAAUAUUUUUAUGUGAAGCUGGUGCCUUGAGAUGAAAUAGCUGAACAUACAGUGAAUAAGAUGACCUGGCAGUGAGUCACUGAGAAGUUAGCAGUCAAGAGUUACUUGAAAUGUGUGGGUGGUGAGGCCAGGGAGAGGUCAGAAUUGUUGAGGCAUGGAGUGGAGUCAUGAGGUAGAAUAUAAGCAAAAAAAAAAAAUGGAGACUACUGUGAAUAACUUCUUGAUGGUUGAAACUGGGCUGUGAUAUGACACCGUUCUACAACUCAAAGAAAGCAACUUCCAAGUAAGAGAUCACAGACACAUAGUGAACAAGUCCUGCCAUCAGUUGGUUAAUGAUUGUUGAUUGAUUGUUGAUUGAUUGGUUGGUGAGUCCCUCUCCUUCCUCAUCUGUGUUCCUAAACUUGCCUUUCCCUAUUGCUGUUCUUCCUCACAGCUGAGCCACUCCUUUGUGCCUUCAAGGACUUUCAACUCUGGUUGUACAGCAAGUGGUACUUACAUGCUCAAAGAGACAGUUGGGGCCAUCAUAGACUGGUAAUAAACAUGUUGGUGCCAGCAGAAAAGUAAGGGCUGGGGGAAGGUUGUAUGGGACUGGGAUGGCUGCUUCUUCACCUGUGUAGCUCAGCCUUCCCACAGCAUGAUGUCAAGGGAGAUGCUGUCCUACAGCCAGGAGUAACCUCUGUUGAUCAAAAUCCUGCUCUUGCCUUUUAGAUUUGGUACUUGACAGAUACCAGCAUAUAUCUCUGGCUCCAAGGAAGUUGUUGGUAACUUCAUUCUGAGGCACAGGGUCAAUACAGCAUCCAUCAGAAACUGGAAUUUACUUUGUUAUUUUUUGGAGGGGCUACUAGAUUGUGGCUGUAACUGAGGUGGAAAACACUCUCCUGCAGAUUUCUACACUACAGUUUACUGAACUCAUUUUACAGGAUACUGUGUAGAAUACAUUUGAUGGUGUCUAGAUUUUGGCAUUAGUAAGAAUCAUUUCUGUUUUAGCUUUUAAAUUUUUAUAUGCAAAACAAGAAAUGUGCAAAAAUACUUUUAACUACUUAAAUACUCCUGAUGUUGACACUAUACUGUUUGCAGAGUCAUAUGCCAUACACAUGAGCUGUAUAUGCAUGCCUUUGUAUAAGCCUUACUCUCUAAGCAGAAGAAAAGAUUCCUGAGAAAUACUUAUAUUUCAUAGCCUCAGUUCCAGCACAAUGAUAAAAAUACCAGGAAGUUCUUUGGUAAGUCCCCUGAACAGUUCUCAAGUACAUUGUAUUUCUCUAACUAUGCACACUGCUGUUCUGCUUCCUUGGGAAUGCACCAUCUUUAGUUCAUUUCAGCUUUGUCUCCUGACCCAAAAGGAAGAUGCUUUCAAAGUGUACCUCAUGGGUUUGAAGCUGGAGCAAUGGUUAAGGGUGCUGUGCUUGGUUGUUAUUGUGACAUACCUGGCCCUCUGUGCGUGUUCUGCCUACUUCACAUGCACUCCUGGUGUUCACCUGGCCCAGUCCUGUUCAGGAUCUUUAGUGACGAUCUGGAUAUGGGCAUUGAGGGCACCCCCAGUAAAUUCAUGGACAACACCAAGUUGGGUGGCAUUGUCGAUCUGCUGGAGGGCAGGAAGUCUCUGCAGGGGAUCUGGACUGGCUGGAUCAAUGGGCUGAGACCAACAGAAUGAGGUUUAACAAGGCCAAGUGCUGAGUGCUGCCCUUGGGUCACAGCAGCCCCAGGCAGUGCCACAAGCAGGGGACAGAGUGGCUGGGAAGCUGCCCAGUGGAAAAGGACCUGGGGGUUCUGGUGACAGCAGCAGAACAUGAGCCAGCUGUGCCCAGGGGGCCAAGAAGGCCAAGGGCAUCCUGGCCUGUAUCAGCAAUGGUGUGGCCAGCAGGAGCAGUGACUGUCCCCUUGUACUUGGCACUGGUGAGGCCACAGGUCAAGAGCUGUGUCCAGUUCUGGGCCCCUCACUACAAAAAGGACAUUGAGGGGCUGGAGCAUGUCCAGAGAAGGGCAACAGAGCUGGGGAAGGGUCUGGAGCACAAGUCCUGUGAGGAGCGGCUGAGGGAGCUGGGGGUGUUCAGCCUGGAGAAGAGGCAGCUCAGGGGGCACCUCACUGCUUACAGCCCCGAGAGGAGGGUGUAGCCAGGGGGGUCGGCCUCUUCUAGCAUGCAGCCAAUGACAGGAUGAGAGGACUGUCUUAAGCUUUACCAGGGGAGUUUUAAUUUGGACAGUAGGAGGAAUUUCUUCACAGAAAGGGUUGUUAAACAGUGGAAUAGCCUGCCCAAGAUUCCAUGGAAUCAUCUUCCCUGUAAGUGUUUAAGCAAAGACUGGACAUGGCACUGAGAGCCAUGGUCUGGUUGACAUGGUGGUCAUAGGCUGGAUUCAAUGAUCUUGGAGGUCUUUUCCAACCUCAUUGAUUCUAUGAUUUUGUGAAAUGCAUGUAGUUUUAAAAGGAGGUUAACUAUUUGGAAAUUGUAAUGUUGGUAAAGCUAACUGACAAGAUGAGGAAAUAGUGUUCAGUUCAUCAGUGACUGUCUAUAAAAUAGUUCUACUUGAGUAGAACUUAAAGGAGUUCACUUCUUUGUAAAGCUUUGUAAAAAGUAGAAUCCUCCCACAGAGAUCACUAUGCCAAAUUUGGAAUGUGUUCAAUAACAGAAGUGUGAUGUUGUAAGGAUUACAGCCCUUUAAAUUUGGACACAACCUUAAGUACAAAAGCAAACCUCUGAUGAAGAGCUCUUGUUUGUGAUAGCCUCUAAUACUUCCCAGCAAAACAGCAUCUCAUAAAUGGGAUUCACCUGUUCCUUUAACCUCUGUGUGCUCUCAGUUAUACAUUAGAUCACUUCCACAAUUCUGAGUGCCUGAAUAAGCUAUACCAAUUAAAACUUGUCAUCUUUUUUGUUAAUCUAAGUGAGAUUGAAUAGAUUUUUCUUUCCCUGCCAUUUUAUGUUGGUAUUUCUCAUGAGACCCCUUUCCCCCAGCUUUUAUUACAUCUUCAAAAAGUACCAGGUUGGAGCUAUUACAUAGACCAGCAGAUCUAAAAUUAAAAGCUUUAAUGCUUUAUAAUGUUCCCUCUCCUUAUCUUCCAGAAAGAAAGAAAGCAUUUGCAUCUUUUUGUUAAAUGAUAUAUCAGGACUAAGAACUUUAGAGACUAGGUCUUUUUAGUAAGUAUCGUGACAGUUUCAGCUGCUUUUGAAUAGCAACUAACUUUGAGAGAUUUCAGUUUUUAUCAGAGUACAGGUGAAGCAUGACAUUAAAGACCACUUCCCUUUUAACAAAAUGCCUUGAAAAUGAUUACUGAAUAAGGCAUACAUUCAAGCUAAUUAACUCAUUAUGCCAUGGUAUUCUCUUAUUUGCAGGAAAUAAGAGCACAAUGUGCAGUAACUGCUAACCAGAGUCCCGCUGCAAAGCAGACACAAUCACAGGCACAGUGUGGGGGAACUUGGAGUGUGCUCUUCCAGAAGGUUCACAAGAACCUCUGCAGCAGAAAGGUCUGAAGCAGAAAGUGUUCCCAGCAGUUAUAACAGGCAGCAUAUGGGAAAAGACAGAAAUUGUCUAUCUGCAAGCAGGGAGUUGAUCAGGCAUGGGGAUGUGAUGAGGAUGUGAUUAUAAUCACUGGUUACGCUCUCUUUUUCAGCCAAACAGAGCUUUUCAUGGAAUUCAAACUCAAGUCUAAAAUUAACUGUGAAAGAGUCAUGGUGUAAUACAGCCACAAAAUGGAAGAUGGUUUCUGCAUCUUGCUUUUUAAGUAAAGAGUGCGAGAGAUCAAAAUUUUAGUCAAUUGCACUUCAAUUAUAUUUCCUUUGUCUAGUAGUUGCCCCAAAUCAGACACCUUUCUCUAAACCUGUUUUGCAAGUUUAUUUGUAAUCCAUUGUAACCAUGUUCAAAUUAAUUAUGAAAAGAACGGAAAACUGUUCUUGUAGAAUAAAUGGUUGUCACAAUAUGCUGAUUUCAAUUUCCUCAGAUCUUCAAUCAGGACUGAAGACCUGGUCCUCAGUUCUGGUCUUUAUUGGUAUUUAGGGCAAAUUUAUUCCUGUGUCUGCAGCUUCCCAAUUAGAUUAGAAAAGUCAGGUAAUAUGUUCAACUUUCCAGGUGCUGGUGAGAUACAGAGCUGUACAAGCACUUCAGCUUUUAGCUAGCUAGCUAUCUCUGUAGACCUUAGAGAGAACAGAUUAGUAAAUUGAGAUUUUCUAUAGAAAGUUCUGUGGACAUGAGACAGUAUUACCUUGACAGAUUUUGAAAUGCAAGGAAAUGAUGAUUUAUCUUGCUUGUGAUUCUCAUUAUAUUAUUAUCUUGUGAAAUUACUAAAAUGUCCUUUCUAGAAAAGAACUGAGACUUGCUCUUGCAACACUACAAAUUUGUUCCAUGCCCUUACAGAUGUAAGCACAAAAAAAAAAAAACUCUGUUUAUCCUAUAGCCGUGUCUGGAGAUUGCUUUUAAACUAUCUCAUCUAAGAGCAAGUAGGGAGGAAAAAAAACAGUUACUUAAUCAAGCUGUGUUAAAGAUAGAAUGAAGAGGUUAAACCUUAUACUGUUCUUCUCUUCAAGGAGCUUUUUGGGAGAAAUAAAAUCAUGUUGCUGUAUUACUCACUAA